GGCAAAAAGCCAGUUUCCUGCAGCCAGUGUCAUGGACAUCCUGCUCCGACUCCUGCAGCUGCUGAUGCUGCUUCUAACCCUCCCUCUGCACUUGCUGGCUCUGCUGGGAUGCUGGCAGCCCUUUUGCAAAACGUACUUCCCCUACUUUAUGGCCAUGCUGACCGCCAAGACCAACAGAAAGAUGGAAAGCAAGAAACGGGAACUCUUUGGUCAGAUAAAGGGGCUGAUGGGAACCUCCGGGAAGGUGGCUCUGCUGGAACUGGGCUGUGGUACUGGUGCCAAUUUCCAGUUCUACCCACCUGGCUGCAAGAUCACCUGUCUGGAUCCAAACCCCAACUUUGAGAAGUUCCUGACAAAGAGCAUGGCUGAGAAUAGGCACCUCCAAUAUGAGAGGUUUGUUGUGGCUUGUGGAGAGGACAUGAAACAAGUGGCUGACAGCUCCAUGGAUGUGGUGGUCUGCACUUUGGUACUAUGCUCUGUGAAGAGCCCAAAAAGAGUCCUGCAGGAAGUCCAGAGAGUUCUGAAGCCGGGAGGAGUGCUGUUCUUCUGGGAGCAUGUGGCUGAGCCUCGAGGAAGCUGGGCCUUCUUGUGGCAGCAAGUUGUGGAGCCCACAUGGAAACACAUCGGGGAUGGCUGCUCCCUCACCAGGGAGACCUGGAAGGACCUUGAGAAGGCUGGGUUCUCUGAAAUACAAAUGGAGCGACAGCCCCCUCCCUUUAAGUGGCUGCCUGUUGGUCCCCACAUCAUGGGAAAGGCAGUGAAAUAAACCCCUUCUAGGCUCCAAGGAAGUCAUCUGCUUCUCUCUUGCCUCCAAUCAGAACAAGCCAUCACCCGGCACCCCACGCAAGUCUAUUUUCCAGUAAGAGGGAUCAGGUAAAGAAGCUGCUCCCCAGCGCCCCCUAGUGCUGCCAGGGAUAAUCUUUAGCUUAAAUCCUUCCUCCCACAGGGAUAAACUAUCCUAUCAUCCUAGAUAACCUUUAUACUCUGCCAUACCCUUGAUUGCAAAAGGCUGCCCAUCUCCUAGGGCAGUUCCCAUCCCAUCACUUUCCCUUGUCCCCACGGUAAAAUUCUCACUGCCCUCCUUCUGAGACUGUACCUAUAUAUCCCUUGGAACUGGUCACAAAAGUCACGCUAGAUAUAUGUCCUGCCAGGCCACCUCAGUCCCCCUUCCCACUUCCCACUCCAUCCUGAGUUGCAGAGGAACAGACAGAAGCAGAGACCCUUCAGAGGAGGCAGCAGCUGUCAAUAAAGAAGCCAGAAGUUUUAUCCUCAA